AUGGUCUCUACAGCAUCUCGCACUCUAGAAGGAGUUCGGGGAGACGAUGUGAGGUACCAUCUACGUCUAGUGAGACCUCGAGACAUCAGUGAGGCUCUAAUUCGAGCUUUGGAGUUCGAAGCGUCUCGAGUAUCGGUCCCUUCAGCACCAAGAGUAAGGCUGGCUUCGAUCGACAACGAACGGGAUAUACUAGCUGGCAAACUGGACAACAUAUACGACACUUUACAGAAGAUGAUGGCCGGUUGUAAUAGUACUCGCCCGCCAACUCAGGAAGCGCCACAAAGAAGGAGCAUAAGGUGCUUCAAUUGCGGUAAAUUGGGACAUAUCAGGAGUGAUUGCCGCAAUAGAGCACGAAGUCCGUCACCGUCGCCUAGGGAGCCCAGUGGUGACACUAACAUCAGCAGGCCGCAGGAAAACUAG